GAGGGCGAGGGCGGCGGCCAUGGCGGCGGCGCGGGCCGGGGCCGGGGCCGGGGCGGCGGCGCUGCUGUACCACGUGACGCCGCGGCGCUCGAUCCGCGCGCGGGCCGCGGCGAAUGGCGGCGCGGCGGAAGCGGCGGCCUCCGGCACCGCCCCGCGGCAGGGCCGGCGGGAAGUGAGGUUCGCGGCGACGCCCCCUCCGCGGCAAGGCGGCAGCUUCAGUCCGGCGCGGAGCGGAGCGGCGGCGGGCGGCCGGGGCAGGGGACGGCGGCGGCGGCGCCGUGGGGCGGUAGCAGCAGCAGCGGCCGGGAGGAUGGUGGGGGACAGCGACGGGCAGGCUCCGCCGGACGGCACCGAGCUGAAGCGCCGGCGGAAGAGCCCGCGGCUGUCGGGCGCCGCAGAAGCGGCGCAGGCGGAGGAGGCCGAGCCCGAGGCCGAGCCCGGUGCCGGAGGCGCGCUGGAGGCGAAUGAGCAUCGCUUCGGAAGUCCGGAUUCCCUGACUCGCCCCCCUAUUAGAGCACGUCGAGCGGCAGGUAGUCCUUCAACUUACUUCCUUCCAGAGCAACCGAAAACAGAAAAGGCAAAGGCUUAUGACAGCGAUGAACCUAAGAAACCAGCAGGGCAUCAGCCAGACACUGAUACGCUGUUAAAAGAAAGCAAGGCUGACUUCAUUCAGAGAAAGAAAGAGCACCACUCACCUACAUCACAAAGUAGGCGGAAAAACAGAAUUAAAUCUCGAGAUUGGCCCGAUACAGGGAAGCAGUCACAGCCCUUGGCCAAAAGUGCUGGUGGAUUGCAGAGUGGAUUUCACAAGGGCUGGACUUUGUUACUGCUUAUUCUGUUAAUUAGUAUCCCAUUGCUUUGGGUCCUGUGGAGUGGAAUGCCAAGGUUUCAAGAUGCAAGUUUGUCAGGUAGAGAUACUGAAAUUCUAGAAGCGUUUCGGGCCCAGAUGAGGAAACUCAAAAAUACUUAUCAAAGUCAGGAUCCCAAUCUAUGGAAGAGAACGCACAUGUUCCUUGAGAAACACCUCAAUGCUUCCCAUCUGCGUUUGGAGCCAGCCAUUUUGCUGUUCACAGCUGGCCAAGAAGCUGAGAAGGUGCUGAAGUGCUUAAGUAAUGAGAUUGCGGAUGCUUUUGCCUUCUCCCAGAAUGCUACUGCAAUCAAAAUUAAUGGGGCAGACAAAGCUGUAUUGGAUAGCGAUGCUGUUAAGCUGGAAGUAGAUAAUGAGCUCAGCUCUGGGUUCAAAGGAGGCAAGAAGGUAGCAGUGGUGCAUCGAUUUGAAUUACUGCCUGCAGGUUCCACCUUAAUCUUUUACAAAUACUGUGACCAUGAAAAUGCAGCGUUUAAGGACGUGGCUCUUCUGCUGACUGUUCUCCUGGAUGAGCAGUCUCUGAGAAAGAGCCUGACCUUGCCAGAAGUUGAGGAGAAAGUGCGGGAUUUCCUCUGGACCAAGUUCACCAGUUCAGAUGCUCCUAGUUCUUAUAAGAACAUGGACACCGAUAAGCUGAGCGGACUGUGGAGCCGUAUAUCUCACCUUGUCUUGCCCGUUUGGCCUGAAAAGGGCCUCCCUAUGGAGGGAUGCACAUAAGUUGUUAGAGAAGGCUCGGGAAAGGAGGAAGACAGAAAAUGUGUGUUGUAAUGGCUGAACAGGGCAGAACUUCCUACAGCUGCUGAGCUCAGGCAGCACGCAGUGCUUUCUGUGCAAGGAAAUCCAACCAACUGGCAAGCUUGUUUCUGCUAAAGUAACUGGGACUUCUCUAAAUAAACUGCAGAAUGUGAGAAAGGAACAUAGUUCUUGGUAAGUUGUAUUUGGUAACUUAUUCAGGUCGAGCACCCUGGAGUUGGAAAUAGGUGUUCCCUACUGCAAAUCAUUCAAUUGCUGGUAAAGCCGUCUUGGUGCGCUAUUGGCUUUGCCCUGAGGAUCCCUUCUGGUGGUGGGAAUCGCUGGUAUUGAGCGUGACAAGGUAAUGGGAUGCAAAAGCUCAGCUUCAUCUGGCAGAAUUGCUUUCUUUUUUGUCUGGGACAUUUAAUGAAUUGAAAAUGAUGAUAAAGUGGUAUGAGUUCAAGUGCGAGUUUAUUUUUUUUUGGUCCAGUUGACCACAGCAUAGAUGUUAGCUGGGGACUUCUAGAAAUGGCAAAACUGCUCAAGAGGUUUGUGAUUUGUGGAGAAUCUUUCAGCAAGGAUUUCUUCCUUAAAUGAGCCUGCCCCAAACAGUUCUGGAGAGCGAGAAAAGCUGAGGUACAACGGAUUGCUUGAUGUUAGUAGUAGACAUCAGUUAAAUAAUCCCUCAGCACCUCUGCCUUGCUGCUGCCAGGAAUUUUCUGCUCUUUGUCAAGUUUUUCAAGUCUUAAAACUUGGGGAGAAAUGAUAAAUGUCAGCCUAGUGUGUGUGUGUGUGUGCGCGCUGAAGACUUACUGCAUCUCCUUUCCAAACAAAAAUUUAGGAACACAUAGGUUAUUUCUCAUUUUAAUAAGAUAACUAUUUUUGCAUCAAGAGGAUUUAUUUAUUUGUGGUACUCAGUGUCCUAUAAAAAUAACCUUUUUCAUGUGUCUGCAUAUAACCUUCUGCUUACCAUAUGAAAUUCUAGUGAAGAGCCAAUUUGCAUUGCCCGCAUCUAAAAUAUAUUUUAGAGCGCUUCCUGCCAAGAAUCCCUUACAUCAAACUAAAAAAUAUGUACUUGUUUCUGUUGUAAAUAUUGUGGGCAUAUAUAAGUGAAUUGCAGCACUUCCAUAUCAUUGCUGUUAGUGUAUGCUCUUGAGCAUUGGUCCAUGUGUGUUCAAUUUCAAUGCGUGUGAAGGAAUGCAUGAAGACUGGUCUCAAAUUAGGGGAACAUUUUCUCAUAACAGCUGAGGGAUUAGUGGCUCUCAGACACAUCGUUUAUUCACAAGGCCCCCCCUUAGCUACCCUGUUGUAAACAUCCUUCUUAAGCAGGAAAACCUCUCGGAGGUGCUGGAGCCUCUGGCUUCAUUGUGCCGGUAAAGGUCUGGGGUUUGACGUGGAAUGGACCAAAAUCACCGUAAGCAUACAAAGGAACACAGUUUCAGAGGCUUGGAGCUGUAGUCACUUAAACCACAGGCGGGUUUGUUCUGACCACUGAGUGCCAGAAAUGGACCGUGCUUUCUAUUUUAAUGCGAAGAGACAGUAAAGAGACAUGGAAGUGCUACUGUUCUAGAUGUUUAAGAAUCGCUCAGGAAGGAAAAGAUGGCAUUUACGUUUUAGACAUUUCACUGGACAAAUUUUUAAAAAAAAAAAUGUGACUUAUUUCUGAGUGUAUACUGAUAGCAUACCUGUUUGUAUAUUAUGUAAACUAUUUUAGUAAUCAUAAAAAAUAAAUUUACUUGUUUGUUUUAUAA